AUGUCCGGCCCCGACAAUGGCGCAGCACUCGACCACAAGGCGUUCCCAGACAUCUUCGAGGCGAUCCUCUCAUACGCGCCCGCGGCUUCCAUCCUCCGGCUACGCCUCACUUGUCGCCGACUGCGGGGUUGGGCUGAUGCUCGCCUGGCCCCAGACCUGGCGAUCGCGUAUGUAUCCUCCGUGCGCGGAGUGAGAGCGCGCUCGUCCACGGGCUUUACGCCGCACUUUCCCACGCCCGUCUUACGGCGAACACAAGCGGCCGAGUGGCCCUCCUCCGCCACUAGGCUCUUCGCCAGCGUACUCGCGCACACCACGACUGUGGACUUGGCCGAGGUGUUCCCGCCCACUGGUCUGCAUCCUCUCCCAUCCUUCCUGACCAAUGUGGAGACGCUACGCAUUGCAGUGAGCAGAGAUGGGUGGAGUGAGGCGCCGCGACCACCCGACCUCACUGGACCUCUCACCGCGCCAGAGGUCAUCCUAUUAGGCCCGACGAGCUGGAGCACGAUGCCUGGCCUGCGGAUUCCGCAUGGUGUGCGGCGGCUCGUCAUCAACUCGCCCCUCCACAGCCCGAUGAUCCAGGUGGACAACGUGGGCAGACCAACUGAUUUGUCCGAGGCCGUGUUCCUCUUCGACGCGCGCGAUGGCCUGGAUUGGGCAGAUCCCGACUUUGCGCUCAAGCAGCAGCAUCAGGCGCUCGUGUACUCUGUCGCGGGGAUUCUUGUUGCGUCUCCGCGGAUGCGGGUCACGCUCGUGAACCUAGACGCGUUGAGUCCCAUGGCUCUGGGGAUUGCGCCGGUGGAGAUGGCAGGGAAACGCGUACAGGAGGUGUUUGCUGAGCGCGUGCGCGUUCAUGUUGUUCGGCAGCUUGGCGAGGUCGACGUGCUGGGGCUCCAAUUCCUGUCACUUGAGGAGUAUGCGGCGACGAGGAGUGCGGAGGAGCUUGCCCUGGAGAUGGGCGAGCGUAAGUCGGCGCAUGUGGUGAACUGA